AUGUCGUCACAAGAAUCUUCCGCCGCCACGGGAAAACCUGGCCAAAAGUUGCUUAACCUUGCACCUGAAGUUGUCGAACAUGUCAUCAAGCAAGUGAGCAAAAAGAGAGACCUCUCAAACGUCCGGUUGGCAUGCAAGGAAUUGGACAAGCAUGCCGCAAAGGAGCUCUUCAAGGAUGUGUUUGUCUCUCCAUCGGAAGAGCACGUCAGCACUUGGAACAGUAUUAGCCAGGAUGAAAAGGUUCGGCAGAUUCCUCGGCAUGCGAUUAUUCACACACAUUCGGAUACCGAGGACAGCCACGCUGGAUCGGAGAGGGAGGACGAGGAGGUUGGCGAUGAUUUCGAGGAGUCCCUGACUGCACUGGCAAAGUUUCCCAACCUCGACUCGGUGGAGAUCCGCUUCACCCCAGAAUGCUUGGGUGAUCGUGAAACGAGCUGGUAUGAAGACGUCGUUGAGGACGUUUCGCGACGGAAAAACAUGCUCGAACUGAUUUUCCAAGCCAUCAAGGACAGGGCAGCAGACGAGGGGAAUAGGACGAUUCGCAAGCUCACGAUCAUCAACCUCCAGAAUUGCCCAAUCCCGGACUUCACCUCUUCUGACCUCUUUCGUGAUGUCAUGGGCCAGCUAGAGGAAUUGCAUAUCUCGAUCACCCAAGAAUACAAUGAACAUGGGCCAGACCACGAUUAUACUCGGGUUGAACUGCAGACCUUUCCGGCCCAUUUAAUCUCGGAAUGGCUUCAGCCUAUCUCGGAGAAUCUAAAGGCUCUGUCCAUCUACCAUAGGACGGACAAUUGGGGUCCUUUUCCGGGCUAUUUUGACCCCAGCGGUCUCUCAUUCCCGAAGCUGGAGACACUGGCCCUUGGGUAUUACACGCUUGCGCACGACAAUGAUAUCGACUGGAUUCUCGCCAUUAAAUCACUAAAAAAGCUGAUCCUGCACAACUGUAUGAUCGCCUCAUGGAUACGCGUCGACUCGGAGAACAUGGAGGAGUGGAAAGUCCGGACGCAUGACUGGGCCGCGCUGCCGCCAAGUUACGAGGGCAGCGAAGACGGCGAGUUUGCAUACGGUGGAAAGUGGAGCCAGAGUCUCGACCGCAUCGCCGGAAGCUUGCCGAACCUGGUCGACUUUCGGUUCGACCAGGGCCGUACCUAUGAUUAUCGGGACCAGGCGACUAAGUACGGCCUUAAACACCGCCACAACUGUGGUGUCAGGAUUUUCCCCCGAAGAUAUAUUUGCUUCGACAACGGCAUCUUGCCGACUCACUGGCCAGAAGCAGAUGACGACGGAACUCUGCAUUCUUGGAUCGACGAGGGGUUCCCUACUAACGUCCACAAGGAGAAUCUAGAGGAAGACCAAAAAAGCUUGGACAGGCUGUUGGAAGUGUGCCGGCUUACGAGGUCGAGGGCCUAG